AUGUCUGACCCUCUCUCAGCAACAAGCAGUGUGAUAGGCGUCGUCUCAUUAGGCCUGGUCGUCUGCCAGGGCUUGGUUACCUACUUUUCGACCUACAAAGGUCAAAACCAAUAUCUAGACAGUCUCACCCAAAGAGCCGAAAACCUCCAAGGGUGUCUCACCUUGUUACAACAUGCUCUCCCACUAUGGACGGUGCGGUUUUCCGACACAGCCCCCCACAUCGAACAGCAUAUCACCGCGUGCCAGGCCAGCAUCGUGGUUUUGAGCAGUAAGCUUUCUGGAUUCAAGCGGACGCCAGGACCUUCGUUGCACAGAGACAAACUGCGCUAUGUCGCACACAAGGCAGCCUUUCCAUUCACAAAGGCCACCAUCACAGAGCUGUCGGGCAUACUUGACGGCUUGCAGGAAAACUUGCACACGGUCCUCUGCAUUGUCGGGCUGGAAGCAUCCUCCAUCCUAGUCAAGACCCAGGAUGUGACAAACACAAAGAUUGAUGCCGUUUUAUCAGCUUCGGGCGUCAUGACUGCUCGCAUCCAGAGCGCUAGCCAUGACCUCUCGUGUCUGCGGGCUGAAAUGUCGACGAUCCAAAACGACCUUCAAGCAGUGAAAUCAAUUCUUGGACCAGGCGUGCCUACACUUAUUCAGCGGACUGAUGGCCCGAGUCCGAAUGCAAACCCCCAGAACUGGCAGCAAGGAGGUUUGGAAAUACGGAAGGUUCAAUCUCAGCACCUCCCAACACUAACUUCUCCCACCGGAACUUCUCUUCAUGCCUUGCCCGGACGUCCGACUUGUUCAACCACACACACCUCAGAAUGGUCCAAUUCCUACAUCUGUCUAUGCCUUAGGACCAUAACUCGUCGACCCACUAGGUCCAAGAUGCUGUUCGUCGACUAUUUCCAAACCCAGGAGCAUGAAGAAGAUUGCCCUUACUAUCUUCCAGGCGCCAAGAGGAGAAAAAUGGACAUCUGGAUAUCCUUUCGCUCGGUGCUGAUCUCUCGUGGUGUUCGAUGCAUGGUGUCCUUGGCCACUGGCUCGGCUGGAGGAAUCAGUGCAAACAUUGACUGGAUUCCAGUUGUUUCCUCUGAGACUUCUCCUGCUAUACGAGUAAUAGAAGAAGUGUAUGGAAUGCUUAAAUAUAGUGUAGAGCCGAAUGUUCUUGUGGAUAAUGCCCGUGUUGAACUGAUGGGCCUCUUCGCACAACGGAGAGCACAUCCGAGAGAGGUCGAUCAAUUUGGACAUAGUCUCCUGUGGUAUGCAAGCUUCCUAGCCGCUUGGCUAGCAUGUCGGAGACAAGGAGCAACGAGAUCACUUGUUUCGAGAGAUUUCGCAUUCAGAUUCGAGGUUAGAAAUAUUCGCAUUUGUACUGAUCAUUUUUGCGCCUCCGAAACAGACGCGGCCUUUCAAUCUUUUUGCCGCCUCUUAUACUCGCUUGCCUCUUUGGGUGCCAAAGCAAACCUUGAAGACGUUAUUGAUGGAUUCACGCUGUUAGGCGGUGCGAGCGCAGAGUUUGGGGCGCUCACGGAAGAUUUGAGCCAGAGGGGAGCUCUCGAAAAUCCAUCGGACAAGGGCAAAAUAACAGCGGUCUACAAGCUGGUUGACUGUCCACAGUGGUACCAUGUGCUGGAAAACGGACCAUUGGGCCAGGCGAUUCUGCGACGAAACCCAGAAGAGGCCAUUCGCCUGCUCCAGCAAAAACCAUCUCUUAUUGGAGAGUUGAAUGAUUGGGGCCACUCCCUUUUGCACCUCAGUAUCGACUGGCCCCUAGGUCUGGUUAUCCUUCUCAAAUAUGGAGGUUCUUCAUUGAUCAAUGUGGAGGACAACUCUGGAGCUAAACCAGUGCGGCUAGCGUUGAAGAGCUCAGGGAUUGCAACCAUGAUAUUGAUAGCGGCAGGAUCUGGGCUUGAUGACAAUGCUCUUGAGGACGUCAUGUUUACGAGCCCCGAGGGGGUUUCGCAAGAACUCUUUGAUGUUGCCGUCGAGGGACUUGUUUACCGAAGAAAGCAGCUUCAGCGAAUAGCAGAGUCGUAUUUGCCUCAAUACAGGCGCUCAUUCGCCGCCGACGCACUCAAAGUUUUGGAUGAGCAGGCCGUUGAGGUGUCCACUGCACUUGAAGAGUCUGGGAUCAGGAUUCCAGGAGUUCUGUCCAUUCCCAAGCAACAGAAAACCAUAUAUCACAUCGGAGAACUUUCUGCUAGAGAUGCGCAGCGAUUUUUCAACAAUGGCUUCGAGGAUAUUGACGGGCGUGACUACCGAGGCUAUACGCCUCUUAUGGGGAGACAUUGGUGGCGCGACGGACCUCUGGCCCUCCAAUAUGCUCAAUGGCUCUAUGAUCGCGGCGCCAAUUUGCUUUGCCAAUUUCCUACAUGCACGAACAACAACUGCGCAGAGACAGAGAUUCAGGACGAAGAAAGACAUCUGAUAUCUCUUCUUGAAUCACUUAUGGUGGAGUUCACGGAACAGUGGCUAUGGCCGACGUCAGACUGGAAGGUGGACGAGUUCAUGUCUAAGGUUUGGCGGCCUAGGUUGAGACAGAUUCGACAAGAAAGAGCACAAAUGUCCGCGGGAGACCAGGCCCAAAUGCGACGCAUGGGCGUUGAGGUGCAUUACGUCGACGAGAACUCUUUGACUGAGGAUGGAGAUGAAGAUGAUCGCUAUGCUGAAGAUGACCCUAGCACAUAUGAGGGGGUUUACUGGGAUGGAUCGCCUCCGCGAGACACAGCAGCCGAGAUUGCAGCUGAGAAUGCAGCCAGGAAUGCAGCCCGAAAAGUGCAGUCCGAAAAAGACCUUGGAGAGAUUAGAGCCUUCUUCACCGACUCCGAAGUCGCGGAAAUCCUCAAGGAAGCUGCGCGAGAAAAUGGUCUCGAAGACUACGACAUAUGGUUCAGCAUAGUUGAAAAGCUUGAUGCGCGGCAAAACGAGAGAGUUUAA